AUGGCACCCUUUUCUUUUACCAAACUUUCAAUAUUAGCUUUCGUACUUUACAUCUGGGAAUAUUCUACCUACCACCAGGAUGAUACUCGAAGACAGGGCGUGCAUGCGUCCCUACAACUCUUUAAGUGUGUUGGUAGAAAUUUAGGAAGCACGGAAACAGAAGAAGAAGCUCCAUCGAAAAAAAAUAAAUCACGUAAAGGAUUGUUCGGCAAAAAGAGAAAAAAAGAUGAAGUGCAGGAGGAAGAUCCUGAAUCCGAAAAUGAGACACCAAAUGAAAAAAAAAAGACAACUUCUACUGGUAAUGAAGCUAAAGGUACGCGGGGGAAUAAGGGGAACUCCAAAGUUACCUCAAGUAAAAGCGGAAAUAUGGGAAAUGUGGGAAGACCAGGAAAUACUGGAAAUCGCCCAUAUCGUAAACCCAGGGGAAGAAGUGAUAUAAAAGAUGAUGAAGAGUACUUUAGUUCGGAUGAAGAUGAAUUUAUUAGGAAGUGA